AUGGCAGAAUCUUCAUCAGAGACAUUACGUCCUAAAAUCCCAUGCACCUGCUUCCGCGCCUCCAAGUGUUCCCUCCGCUGCUACGCCCGUCUUCCCACCCUUUCGAAUCCCCCUUCCUCUCGCAUCUCCUACUCUGACAGGUGCCGCCUCAAACAGCACAUCCGCAUAACUUUUGACAAUCUACACGGUUUCUUUCUAUCCACUAUUACUCCUACUUCCUAUUUUCGAAAUUCAGGACCUCCUUCUCUUUCCAUCCCAUCGACUUCCUCCACAGCCACAACUUCCGCAGACAUCACUAACCCACCCGCCACCCAAGAUUUGCCCAGCGCCUCCUCGGCUAUCACCGACCAAACCCUCCAAACCCUCCAUUCCAUCCUCUCCCGCGCACACUCCCGAAAGCAAACCCUAAACUCCCUCACCUCCUCGGAGGACACCUCCACGGAGGACACCUCCACGAACACCUCCACCAACAAACCAAAAAUACCCCUAAGCACCUUCACAGCCCUCUACACCUCACUAAUAACCGAUCACGAACUCUUCCUAACGGAUCUGGCCCCGUACUACAGGGAGGAGUGGGCGGAGGGAGAAGUGAAGAAGUUGAUGGCGGAGUUUGUGGGGGAGACGGGGUCUACGGCAUCAUCAUACGUCUGUGACAAACGGUAG